GACACCCAAAGAGGUAGGAGGUUCCCUUGUGGAGUAUCAGGGUGAUUUACUCACAGAGAUCCAGAGAAGUGUUAAGAACUUGAGGGAGAUGGAAUGGAAACAAGCAGAGGGAGGAAGAACCUGGUGAGAAGGAGAUAGAAAAAGGGAAGGAAGGUGGAAUGGAGGAAUCAGGGCUUCAAGAAAGCUAGGUCAGGAGGACCAGGAGGAAAUUUGGAGAGUGGAAGUCAUUGUGGAGCUAAAAAGAGACUGAAGGUAGAGAAGAAACCAAUACACAUUGGCGCUUUCGAACUUGAUGUGAGUGGAGGUGGGAUUCACGACUACCCAGGACUGGAUGACAUUCCUUGAUCUUUGCUUUGCUAAAGGGAGAGCUUUCUAGCUCUGGAGAGUGAGAAGUACCUUUUGGAUUUCUUUGCUCAAGACUAGUUAAUUGGGGUGCUGAGAAGCUUCAUGAGCAGAUUGGCCUGAAAAGAACCAAAAACAACAGGAGGUGGUCCAUAGCUGUUCUUCAACUGGUGCCUCUUGCCAUUGUUGUUCCUGUUGCAAAGAUGGAUCAGUUGCUGGCUGUGAAAAUUGGCUGCCUGAUAGGUGUGCUGCUGGUCACUCUGUUUUGCACCCUCAUCCCAGCCCAGAUCAAGUGGUUCCAGAUCCACAUGGCCAGAGGGAAGCAUCGGCACAUCCUCAGUUUUAUUGGCUGCUUUGCUGCUGGGGUCUUCCUCGGUGCCUGCAUUAUGCACAUGGUGGCCGAUGCACUGGGAGACAUCCACACGGAAAUAAGAAAGUGGCAGCACAUGGAGGGUACCAGUCCUAAACAAAAUGGCACUGAUGAAGACACUGAUAAUGAUUCUGAGAUAUACCCAUAUGGGGAGCUCAUAAUCUCACUGGGCUUCUUCCUGGUGUUUUUUAUUGAAAGCCUGGUGCUGCACUGUUGCCCUCAAGCUGUUCACUCCCACGGCAACCACGAAGGUCACGAGGAUCACAAGGAGCUCCCAUCUUCUCACAGUUCCUUUCGGGCAUUUAUACUCUUCCUGUCCCUGUCCUUUCAUUCAGUCUUUGAAGGACUUGCCAUUGGUGUGCAAAAGGAGGCAACCGACACCAUUCAACUUUCUGUGGCCGUGCUCAUCCACAAAGCCAUCGUGGGCUUCAGCUUGUCCCUGAAGCUGGUGCAGAGUGGCACCAAGAUGCAAUGGAGGAUGCUCUACCUGGUGGUCUUUGCUCUGAUGUCUCCUACUGGUAUCAGCGUGGGGAUCGGCGUCUCUCUUUCCAACGGGGAUGGGAGCGGUCUGGCUCAGGCAAUCCUUGAGGGUGUGGCAGCAGGAACUUUCCUCUAUGUCACGUUCCUGGAAAUUCUUCCUUACGAGCUGGGUUCACAUGAAAGCCCUCUCACCAAGUUCCUCUUCAUCAGCCUAGGCUUCUCUAUCAUGGCUGUCAUUGCCAUUUGGGCAUGAAAAGUUGCUCAGGCUAAGGACUCCUGGGAAACCUGCCUUCCAGGCUGCCUCUCAGCCAUCACUGAUACACGGACCUGCUUAUUUUUGUCAUCUCUGGCCUUUGUAUUGUGUCUAUUAGUGUUGUAUAGGCCAUUAUGCUUGCCUUGAGUGCCUUGACAAAAAUGUAGUGAGAAGCCUAUAGCAAUCCUCCAGGGGAAAAGUGCAAGAGAAAACUAAGAACUCCAGGCAAAAAUAGUUGACUGUGACAGAUGAAGACACUGAAUGGACUUCCUUUCACUUCUUGAGCUACUCGAAGGCUACAAUUCAGUCUUCCCAAUCAGCUGUUUUCCAUAAGACUGUAGAUUAGAACAAAACGUUUAUUAAAGAAAACACACUAUGGAAGAAGCAGAGCCAUCUCCAUUGCAGGUCAAUGAUGAAAGUGGUGUUGUGCUGUCUCAAUACAAGCUCCACUCUUUUCUACUUGUGUCAUGAUGCUGCAUGGAUGUGUGAAAAGGGCACAGCUACUGAUUGCAUAAUUCUAAUGAAAGUAUUGGUUCCUGAGAACAUCUCCAGGAAGAAGGCAACAGGAAACCACCAUCUUAUUAUUGCUAAGAUCCAUGACUUGGCUAGGAAGAACUUUUUUGGUGGGGGGGAGGAUGCAAGUAAAAGGUGGAAUGGCCCCUUCAUUUUUUAGGGAGACAAAUGAGGAGAGGAGAAGCCAUUGAUACCUGGGCUGAGAAAAAGAAGGAAAGGUAAAGGAAAUGAUAAUUCAAUAUACAGUACUUUAAACAAAGAAAACGUAUUCUGGUAACAAACCAAACAUUCAUUCUGUAACUAAACAUGAAGAC